UCUCCUUCACAUGCUUUUCCCAGACUCAUGUCUUUUGUGCUAAAGGAGGUCACGAAAGAGCAGUUUGAGAUGACAAUGCUGAUCCCGUUUUGGGGAAACUGACCUAGACACCUUAAUCAUGGCUAACCACGACCCCGCUCGUGUUGUUCUCAUGUUUGUUGGAUUGUUUACCUUUUUAGCCGCCAUUACGUUCAACUUCCUAUCAGGAUUCGGAGAUAAAUCGGGUGUCUUCCAGCAGCGCAUCGAGGAUGUGACGAUGAAGUACUCAACGCUCAUAACUCCUGCUCAGUGGACUUAUUUGGUGUGGGAUUUCACCUACUUUUGGGUUUUUGCCAUGUUUGUAUACUUUCUGACUGGACUCUGCAGAAGGAACGUGUACGACUGGAUGUACACCACACCUGCAGUGCUGCCCUAUGGAUUUCAUGUCACCAUUAUCAUCAACUUUGGCUUGAACAUUACCUGGCUGUUUUUAUAUGACAGAGAGUUGCUGAUGCCAGUGCUUAUAACCUCUGCAUUGAUGACACUCACCGACUACAUGGUCCUGUUCUUCUCCUGCUAUGGACUCCAAACUUAUGGCGCCUGGUUGAACAAAUAUCACAAAGCAGACCUGUGGCUCUUCAGAAUAUUG